CCCUCAUUCAGCCUUCAUCUCUAACUUCUCCAUUACCUCGAACAACAAAACGUACACUGCUCAGGUGAAGGAAAGGGGCGUGGCCAAAAGGAUCUAUGAUGAAGCCAAAAGGAAGGGAAAGGCGGCUGGUUUGGUGACCACCAAGUCAGUCCUGAAAUUCAUUUGAUACGAUGUAGGGCUUUUCAGUAUUCAAAGCCAUUGUCAGAUCUGCAGUUGAUUAAUGUUAUUUGUUGCAUGAUUUGUAGAAUAUUGUCAAGAAACGAGGGAUCCAAGGACUUGGCAUGCCGGUUACAGGGGGAGCAACUCAAAUUUAUUUGCUGAUAAUAUAAAACAAGAUGAUUUAAAGGCUAAGGUGGAAUGCCAAGACAAAACAAUGCAGACGGGAUUUAAGGUGUGCACACGGCAGAAGGCCGUGGCUGAGGGAGCAUCCCGGGCCUCUUGGUUCGCUGGCUGCAGCUUCGGGAGGGAGUGGGGUGAGCCACUCACUGAUCUUCGAAACAAAAAGACCCUCUCUGUACCUCCGCUGCAAGGGCGUCAUCGGCUGUUCUGGCUAAAGCCUUGGUAUGGGAUUUCUUUAAGGAGAUUUCUGUGACUCCUUUCCUGCCCCUCUCACCGUUUAAAUGCUAUUCAUGGCAGAUGGUGAGCGGAAAGAAUUACAGCCAGCUGACUGUCAAACAGAUGGCACUUGUUUUGCCUCUGCACGUGCACGGUGCUGGAAAGAGGCGGUGGUGGACGAUAAUAGAUAAUCCACCCCAUGACUCGAUCCCCCCAGCCCCCCUUCCAAGCACCACUCUGCCAACUUCAAGGCGACAGAGGUGCCUGGAACCCAUGGAGAAGGACCUGCACAGAAGAGGGCGGCAAACCUUGGACAGUCCAACAGCAUCCCCGUAUUUUGGGUUCAGUUUCCUGGAAAGAUACAAGACAAGGUCCUCUUCUCCUUUAAGGUCCUGUGACAGCACAGCCCCCAGGCCUACCUUUGAGGAAUCGGUGUGAGGGAAGAACGGUCGGCCAGAAUCUAGGUCCCUUAUGGGUCCCAGAUGACCAGCCUAAGCUGACCUUUUCAGGUGAGGUCUGACAGGGGGGCUGCUAUGGAAGAGAAACAGGGGACAACGCCCUGGAAGUACCCCGCCAGCCCUGGAAAAUCCCGAAUCUGGGUUUUGGUGGUUAUGGACGGCCUAGACUUUUUUUUUCCUAUAGUCUGAGCAAGCCAUGUCCAAUAAGGUAAUCAAGGUAGUGGCCCUCCAUCCAACCAUAGUGGCAUUUGGCUGGGUUGGCAGUUGGGCUUCCCUUCAAUGGAUGACCUCCAAGAUCUUCCGAAGGCAGAUGAAGUGACCCUCCCAGUUGUCAGUGUGCACUACCACAUCAUCUAGGUUGGCAUAAACCAGAUGUCCUGAAGGACUAUGUUCAUUAUGUGCUGAAAGGUGGCUGGGGCCUCAGGUACCCCAGAUAGGACAACUGUGUAUUUCCAGUGGCACCAAGUGUUACUAAAGACAGGUUUUUCUGUGGCCCCAGGAUGAUUGGCACUUGCCAAUACCCUUUGUUGAGGUUCCCUGUGUUGAAGUAUCAGACAUUACCUAGCCACUCCAUGACCUCAUCUACGGUACCCUCCAUAUUGUUUUGGACAAAGACACAUUUUUGUGCCUGGCUGUUGCAGGUAAUGAUUAGGAGGAGCACCAAGAUGUGGUUGGUGGGCUGAAAUUCUUGGACCAGUGUAGGGCAAUUAUAGACCCGAGCUUGCUCCCAUUGGGUUUGUUUCCUGGCUCACAGUCCAUAGGCAUCACCUGCUCUAUCCUCCUCGUCUACUCCCUUAUGUGGCCUCCCACAAUUCGAAAGGGGCUCAGCUGCUGCUCCCAGGCCUUGCAGCCUACGUUGAGCAUGCAUCAGAGUGGUCUCCCAACAGGAGUCCGUAGAGGGUAAAUCCUGUGGAGGUCUGGGAGACCUCCCUUACUCUGAACAGCGCAGAAGGCAGCAUCAUAUCCCAGUCCUUGCUGUCCUGUCCAACGACCUGCUUCAACAUGUGUUUAAGAGUUUGGUGAACCAGCCCAUCCAUCUGGGAGUGGCAUGGCAUGUUUGGAGGUGUUUUACCUGCAGUAGGGCGCACGGAUCUUUCAUGGUAAAGGACAUGAAUGCUGAUCCCUGGUCUGUGUUGAUUUCUUUGCGGAGGGCCAGCUACUUGGGAUACUGGGUGGCAAAGUCCACGAGGACUAGGAUGUACUCAUGAUCCCGGGCUCACCUGGGACACAGCCUGACUAAAUCCAGCUCGAUAUGGUCGAAGGGGGCAUUAAAAAUGGGAAGCAGGAUGAGAGAGUUGUGUGGAGGCUUGGGAGAUCAUACCUGGUCAGUGAAAUAGAUCCAAAUUCCUCACUGUUGGGUGCAGAUGAGCUAAUACCAGGACGGAGUCCACGUGGUAGCAGAGCCAGAUCAUAAUUUUAAACAAUCAUUUGGGACCAAACAUCUGCCUUGGGAAGCUGGCCUUGCACAAGUUUCUCCCCUUUAACAACUGUGACUUGACUUUUGAUUACUGGUGAAUCGACGCCUUUGCUGGAGCAGCUGGAUGAAGUCAAGGAAGGUAUGAGGGUUACAGGCACAAAGCUUUCCUUCCACAUUGGCAUUCCCGGCCUCUUGCGUUGGAGAGGUACAUCCAGAAUGGGGAGAGCCCUGGUGCGGUGCAUCUGUGGGAUCGGGUUUCCUUCACUGCCAGUCUUGUCCCAGCAGAAAGUCGACAGGUAAUUCGGUACGAUGCCAGCUAUCAGGGUACACUCUCCAGGGGCCCCCAGAUACAGACAGAGGCAGUGGGGAUGGUACUGCUGUCACUGUGCACACAGGUAAUGGGCAGGGUCCCCAAUGACAUGAUCCCCGGGAGCUGGGCCGCAUCCACCUGGGUCACAAUGCUGCCUGUGUCCAGGAAUGCAACCAGCUGCAAGGGCUGGUGACUACUGCAGCUCAUCUUGGUGGUUAACGCAUCCAAAUCUUGGGGACUGCGUCUACUCCUUGAUCGGUGGGCGUGGGCUCAUUCUGGGGUAGGGGGGUGCCAUCGGUACUGCGUGUGUGGGGGGGCUUCAUGGGGUCCUCAGGGCUCGGGAUCACCAUGGGGAUCCAACCAUGCCUAUUUCAGACUAGGGAGAUGCAUUGGAGCUGCAGCUUUCACCCCAGCCCCAAGUCCGUAGACAUGGCCGGGUUGAGCUGACUUAAUCUAUGGCUUGGAUCAUCUCGACUACGGUGGAUAGUCGGCUCUGGCACAUAGCUUGCGGGAAGGGUCCAGUUCAUGGUGACCUUUUUAGCCACCUAUGAUCAGCUGUUCCAGCUGAAACCACGUUAUGGGCAAUUUGUUCGGAGCAAGACUAUCCUACAUGGUAAGCAUUCACCCUCCUUUUCUCCCUUGACCGUCUCUCUCACUUUAAAUGCUGUUCGUUACUGCGAGGGGAGGAAAUUACAGCCAUCUGAUUGUCGGACAGGUGGUGCUUGUUUCGCUUCUUCAUGUUACUCACGCCAGUGUUUUGUGGGGCUGGAAAUCCUGGAGGCAGCGGUGGAUAGUACUAUAUAAUAAUUUGUCCAAAUAUUUUUUUGUAUUUAUUAAAGUUCUUCUCAAUAGUUACAAGUUACAUUUCAUGAAACUUAAUUAACAUAAUACUUCUCACAACAAUAAGAGCAUUUCUCAACAGAAUUCGUGCAUAUAGCAUGACAGUAUGGUUAACCUGCAGAAGGGCUUGAAAUAUACAUUACGUUUUGGUUUUUCUCGAUUGCUUUGGCACAGUUAACGUUUGCAAAACAACAGGCGUAAUCUCCACACCAUGAUGCCAGUUGUACACAGCAGAUCAUUGUUUAUCAUUGAUUUACACAAAUUGCUAAUGUGAUCAUGUACAAUUGUCAUCAUCUGCCAUAAUUAUCAGUUGCCUGAGUUUUGUUGAUCAAAAUGGAUUACAGUUUCUCAGUGAUAUAAUUUUACACCCAAAACAAUAUCCAUCCAUCCAUUUUCCAAACCGCUUAUCCUACUGGGUAGUAGCUCCCCCCAAAACAAUAUACAGUAUGUAAAUGAUAAACAUCAUUUUAACCAUGAGAAUCAAAACUCAGUGUACAGAUAAUCAGUGACUGUACCUAUUGUAGAUUAAAGACCUUAACUAUUAAGGAGUGGACAUGGCUUCCUGACCUGGUGCUGUAUCCCUCAGGGAACGAGAAACGGAGAAGUUCCGAGUGGUGGUGAGCAUCCCAGCAGGGGCACGCACAUCAUUCUCCCUGUCCUAUGAGGAGCUGCUCUUCCGGCGCCUAGGUCACUAUGAGCUGACCUUGGGUCUGCGUCCCACACAACCUGUCCAGAACUUCAGCCUUGAGGUUACGGUGAUGGAGAGCACAGGCAUCAGUUUCAUCAAAGUUCUGCCACUGCGGACCAGUCGGCUGAUGUCCAGUGCGGCCCAAGGUGACGAAGCCGCCCCUGCUGGGAUGGUUAUUGAGCAGACCUCUGGCUGUGCCCAAAUCCGCUACAGUCCCACCUGGCAACAACAGACUAGCACUUCCCCAAAGGGCCUUAAUGGGGAUUUUAUCCUGCAGUAUGAUGUGGAGCUCAGUAAUCUGAUGGGGGACAUCCAGAUUCAUGAUGGAUAUUUUGUGCAUUAUUUUGCACCCAGAAAACUUCCCGUUGUACCCAAGAAUGUCAUUUUUGCCAUUGACGUUAGUGGCUCCAUGAUUGGCACCAAAAUUAAGCAGACGAAACAGGCAAUGGCCACAAUCCUCGGCGACCUGCGGGAGGAUGACUUCUUCAACAUAAUCACAUUCUCUGACAGAAUCCAUAUCUGGAAGAAUGGAGGGACUGUGAAGGCUAUUCUGAGCAAUGUGCGUGAUGCACAAGAGUUUGUCAAGAAGAUCACUGCUGAGGGAUGGACAGACAUAAAUUCUGCCCUACUAUCUGCGGGCCAGCUGGUGAAAUCAACGACCCAAAAUUCAACACGGCGGAUCCCCCUGGUCAUCUUCCUAACUGAUGGAGAAGCCACCACUGGUGUGACGUCAAGUGAGAUCAUCUUGCGUAACGCUCGGAAAGCCCUGGGCUCUGCCUCCCUUUUCGGCCUGGCCUUCGGGGACGAUGCAGACUUUGCACUACUCCGACGGCUUGCCCUGGAAAACCGCGGUGUGGCUCGGAUGGUAUAUGAAGACUCAGAUGCUGCUCUGCAGCUUAAGGGAUUUUAUGAUGAAGUAGCCAGCCCACUGUUGUCUGAUAUCCAACUCUCCUAUUUGGAUGACCAGGCUUUUGAUGUAACCCGCUCGCUGUUCCCAAACUACUUCCAGGGUUCUGAGCUUGUGGUAACUGGUAGAAUUAAACCGGGAGUCCGAGACCUUAAAGUCUUCCUCAGUGCGGAGGAUUCGAAACAGCAACUGAAAUUAGAGAACAAUGUGCCCACCUUUAGUUCUGAGAGCAAUAUUACUGCAUCACCCUUGGUCUGCCAGGGGGACAUGAACGGCGCAUUGAGCUUUGUGCAGCGCCUUUGGGCCUAUUUCACCAUCAAGGAGCUUCUGCGGGCCAGACUGAAUAGCAGCGACCCAGCUGCCCAACGCCUCCUGGCUGAAAAGGCCACCAACCUCUCACUCAAGUACAACUUUGUCACUCCUGUCACAUCUCUGGUCGUGGUCAAGCCAGAUGCCAAUGAAGCCCCCGUUAACUUCAGUGUUUCCUCUUCAAAUACUACAGCUACACUUCCCAUCACCGUUACCACUAAUGGACCCAGCACAUCUCCAAACUCCCUAACCCAUACUCCUCUUUCGGUCCCUAGGAUGCCUAUUUCCAAUGUAACAGUCACUAAGAAGCCCAACUUGAAUUCUAGCCGCAAUGAAGUCAAACCCAAUACUGGCCUACCUGGGAAACCUUUGCCGUCUUGGCUGCACAACACAAGUCGACCCACACAACUCCCACAGGGCAGGAAACUCACAAGUCCAUCAACCCCUGAAAGGACAAAUCCAUCUAUGAAAACCAGUCUUCUCAAAACUGCGUAUCCACACUGCUGUGGGAAAAAUUCUACUCCAACACCACCCUCCAGAAUAAUGCAUCCAGUGCAUCCUGGAAAAUUCAUUGUGUCUCCUUCAGACUCUGAGAAAGAUACCAGUGAGCCCAGUGCUGACCCUAAAGCCCCAAUCAUACCGACUCACUUCCAUGGCUUGGUGUCUGCACUGCCCAUUCUUACUGCUGCCCCCAGCACUGAUACUGGAGGAGACAUUGAAAAUGCCACUCUAGUAGCUGCCACCUUUGUACCCAUGCCAGGUGUCACAGAGCGGCCAAAGCUGGAGGUAUCUGAGCUGCUAGAUGUUCCUGUCCUCAGUCUGCUUAAAAAGAAAGAUAUGGACCAUGUGGAAGAUUAUGAGUCCUUAUAUUAUGCUAGCGAAGUUAAUGAUAUUGCUCAUGUGGCAGAUUAUGAGUACUUAUAUUAUGACAGCGAACUUGAAGCCUCUACCAGUCUGAGCCAUGACAUACUUUUCUCCUCUUCCGUGGAUGGAGACCCUCACUUCAUUGUUCAGCUCCCCAGGCUCAAUCACAGCCUGUGCUUCACCAUAGAUGGCAAAGCCAAUGAUGUUCUGAGGUUGCUAGAAGACCCAGACAAAGGCAUCAUAGUAGAUGGACGAUUGACGUGGGCUCCACCCAAGCUGGGCUCUGAGGACCGUGCCAGAACCUAUUUUGACCAGCUGAAGUUUUCCAAGCCUGUGGGAUUGGCAGGUGGCUUGGUGGUUACAGUGACCAUGGACUUAGUGGUGGUAGAGGGGGAAGGCCGUGAAACUCUACGCACUGAUCAGCCCAGGUCGGUGCUGAGGCAGGGUGUGAGAGUCACUGUGGACACCAACCUGCGAUGCUGGGUAGUGCUGGGACGUGGCCUGCGCUUCCUUGUGCUCUUCCAUCAUUACAAACACCCCACCUACCUUCAAAUGGCACAUCUGGGGUUUUACCUUGUGGAUGGCCAGGGCCUGUCACCCCGAACACAGGGACUACUCGGUCAGUUCCAGUAUGCACAUGUAGAGCUUGUGGAACCCACAUAUACCCAGAGUGCUGAAGCAUGGCAUCACAGUACCACCAAGCUGAGGAUAGGGGCAUCUUGGAUCAGCGUCUCCCUUCAGGACAAAACUCUAAAGGACUCCUUAAGUAAACAACAUUGGGACAUGUGCUGGGUGGUGGCCAGGGUGGAUGUGGAGAAACUUCUGGGACACUCCUACAAUAGCUAUGUAGUUAACCAACUCUGAACCCCGAAUUCACACUAUUCCUAUCACAAUCAUCAACAACAGUUUCAUGAAGAUUGCAAGAGAGGGGAAAUCUUCAUUUUUUUUGGAAACACCGAAAAGGACAAAUGUGAGAUCGCAUAAAAAUUUUGCAGUAACCAAGUUUUAGGAAGUGCAUGUGUGGGUCUUUGAAACACAUGAUUGCUCUCAAAACAAAGCAUAGAUUUAUGAUGACUUGCACAUACUACUAAAGUUUAAAUUAAGUAAAUGUAUGUAGAAAAAAGAUUUGGGUAGUGGUAUGCCUGGCAGCACUACGCAACCUAGUGUGCACUGCAUGAUAGUUGGAAUGGGAAAGCACUGUACUGUGUGACAGCACAACCAUCCCCACCUUAUACAGAUCCAUAGUCUCAUUUUUAAAAGUCAGUGCGAUUAUAACAUUCCAACAUGUGUACAUUUUGAUGCAUGACCUGUCUGUCAGAAUGGUAUUCAGUCCUCAGUCAGGGACAAUAUGAACUGCUUUUGCAAAGGCAAAACACAGUAAUUAUGUAAUUUAUAAAAAUUGAGUUAUGACCCUUUGGGUCUCUUAGGCUUCUUUUUAUCUAAUAAAAUAUCUUAGUUCAGCCAUGCUCAAUUGUGAAAAAUAAAAAUCAUCAUUCACCUACCUACUACACAUAUGACUGGACAGUUUGAAAAUUUGAACUGUUGAAAUCCUUAACUGUUUAAAAUUUGAAACCCCUUUUCUGUUUCAGUGUCAGUGUAGGUACUGUGUUUUGCCUUUGAAAGUACAAGUUCAUAUAAAGUCAGUGGCUUUUCUCCUGGAAACUGUUUGCUUGUCAGCUAUGAACACCUGUAUAUUCUGUAUUUUCAUAUUUCUCAAAAUCCACCAAGAUAUUCAAUUUUUCACAUGUUCUCUAUUCGUUUAAUAAUAUUUCUUUCAAAUUUCAAACAAAAUACAAAUUGUAAAGGGCUUUUAUGAUACUGAAUUUGUACUCUGCUGUAUGUUUUCUGAGAACAUCCCCAAGCUGUUUGACUUUUAUUUUUAAGUUACAUUUGCAUAUUUAAGUAUGUAUAUUGAUAUUAUAUUUUAAUAUACAGUAUUUCUGUA